ACGUCGUCGUCGUCGAAGAUAUUGAUAAAGGGAGGGACUGUAGUGAACGCUCACCACCAAGAGGUCGCUGAUGUUUACGUGGAGAACGGAUUUAUCGUCGCUGUGAAGCCUCAUAUCCACUAUUGGACGUCGGUGGAGGAAAAGAUCUUGUGUGUUCUGAUGAGUAUCCUCGAUUUUUUGUCUUGGGAGCUUGUGGUGGAUAUAGGUUUUAAUUGAAUUUAUAGCGUUGGUCUUCAGCACUUCAAGAUUCCCACUGGGUUGUUUUGUAAUUUUAUAGGACUCAAAAGAGGGGAAUUUCUUGUCAACUUCUAAAGUAUUUGUGAUUUUGCUUUUUUAAGUUGAGGUUGUUUCUAGCUGAAGUCUUGUACUGUGUACAAAGGUUGGUGAUGAUGUCACUGUGCUUGAUGCCACUGGAAAGUUUGUCAUGCCUGGAGGAAUUGAUCCUCAUACGCAUCUAGCCUUUGAAUUCAUGGGUACAGAAACCAUGGAUGAUUUUUUCACCGGUCAGGCUGCAGCAUUAGCAGGUGGAACAACAAUGCAUAUUGACUUUGUUAUACCAGUUGAUGGGAGUUUGACAGCAGGCUUUGAAGCUUAUGAGAAAAAAUCUAAGAAGGCUUGCAUGGAUUUUGGUUUCCAUAUGGCAAUUACAAAAUGGGAUGAAGUCGUUUCAAAAGAAAUGGAAAUAAUGGUUCAGGAGAAAGGGAUAAACUCUUUCAAGUUUUUCAUGGCUUACAAAGGGGCUCUUAUGAUUAAUGAUGACCUUCUGCUAGAAGGAUUCAAGAAGUGCAAGUCUCUUGGUGCCUUAGCUAUGGUCCAUGCAGAAAAUGGAGAUGCUGUUUAUGAAGGACAGAAAAGAAUGAUAGAACUUGGUAUUACAGGUCCAGAGGGACAUGCUCUUUCAAGGCCUGCAGUGCUGGAAGGAGAGGCAACUGCACGAGCAAUUCGAUUGGCAAGUUUUAUAAACACUCCACUUUAUGUAGUUCAUGUCAUGAGCAUCGAUGCUAUGGAGGAAAUAGCUAAAGCUCGGAUAUCAGGUCAGAAGGUUAUUGGAGAGCCUGUAGUAUCUGGUUUAGUCCUUAAUGAUUCUUGGCUUUGGGAUUCUGACUUUCUUACUGCAGCAAGGUUUGUAAUGAGUCCACCAAUUAGGGCAGCAGGACAUGACAAGGCUCUUCAGGCUGCACUUUCAACGGGUGUUCUGCAGCUUGUAGGAACCGAUCAUUGUGCUUUCAAUUCUAAACAGAAAGCUCUUGGAAUUGAUGAUUUCCGGAAAAUUCCAAAUGGUGUUAAUGGUAUAGAGGAGAGGAUGCAUCUCGUAUGGGAUACAAUGGUGGAGUCUGGCCAAAUUUCUGUCACUGACUAUGUUCGUAUAACAAGCACUGACUGUGCUAGGAUCUUCAAUAUAUAUCCGAGGAAGGGAGCUAUUCUCGCUGGAUCAGAUGCAGAUAUAAUUAUACUCAAUCCAAAUUCAAGCUUUGAAAUAAGUGCAAAGUCCCACCACUCUAGAUCUGAUACAAAUGUCUUUGAGGGAAGGAGAGGGAAGGGAAAAGUUGAAGUGACCAUUGCUGGUGGAAGAAUUGUUUGGCAAAACGAUGAACUGAAGGUUGUUCCUGGUUCUGGCAAGUACAUAAAGCUGCCUCCUUACAAUUAUCUUUUCAGUGGAAUUGACAAGGCAGAAGCUAAUUACCUAGCUUCUCUCAAAGCACCGGUAAAGCGUACUAUUAUAUCCAAAGCGUAGACUACUGCACUGCAGGUACCAUAUGCUUAGUCUUUUCUUCUAUUAGAUUGGAAGAGAAAAAUAUAGGCGACGGUUAUGUUUAUAGACCGAACACAUUGUAAAUAAUCGAAACAGUUACCUGGAAUGUACUGGAAAUAAUCAUAAUAGUUAAAGGUUUGAAUAAUGGGGUUAUAUAGCCUCUUUAUGCCCUUGUAGAAUA